GGUCACGUGACCGUCCGGAAACGCUGGGCUGGCGGCUGGCGGCUGAGGUGAGCUGGCGGAGAGAUGCGGGGGCAGCGGCGACUGCAGCGGCUGGACCAGCUGUUAAAGAUGUGUGUUGGACAGGAAAGAUGAUCUAAAUCAUUCACUUUCUAAGCAUUAAGAUCAAGGUUGAAGUGGAAAGGACAGGAGGAAAGCAUGGCUGGGCCCAGUACUUUGCAGAGUAGGACUUGGAUAUCCAAAUUUACUCAUCAUCAUGUUGUUGUGUUCCUGCUCACUUUCUUCAGUUAUUCACUUCUUCACGCUUCAAGAAAAACCUUUAGCAAUGUGAAAGUCAGCAUUUCUAGCCAAUGGACUCCAAUGUACUUAAACAAAACUGCUGUGCAACUGGAGCCUGCAGAGCUUUGGAACAGAAGCCACUUAUUUCCAAAUGCUGAGGAAGCAACCCUUUUCCUAGGGACACUGGACACCAUUUUUCUCUUCUCUUAUGCUGUGGGUCUUUUUGUCAGUGGUAUGAUUGGGGAUCGGUUUAAUAUGCGAUGGGUUCUGUCCUUUGGCAUGUGCUCCUCUGCAGUAGUGGAAUUUUGCUUCGGUACCCUCACAGAAUGGCUUCAUUUCUACAACAAGGGAUUCUACUGUUCCCUGUGGAUUUUGAAUGGCUUGCUACAGUCCACUGGUUGGCCAUGUGUUGUUGCAGUUAUGGGCAACUGGUUUGGGAAAGCUGGGCGUGGAGUUAUUUUUGGACUCUGGAGUGCUUGUGCCUCAGUGGGCAAUAUUUUGGGAGCGUGUUUAGCAUCUUCAGUUUUGCAGUAUGGGUAUGAGUAUGCCUUCUUGUUAACAGCAUCAGUACAGUUUGCUGGUGGAAUCAUUAUCUUCUUUGGGCUUUUGAUAUCGCCAGAAGAAAUUGGUCUUCCAGGGAUUGAGGAAGAAGAAAGUUCUGAAGAUGACCCUUGCAGACCAUUAAUUAACAGUGCUGACAGUGAGGAUCGGGAGCCCAAUUAUUCAAUCCAAGAAGUCAGUACAAUCCAUCAGCCGAAGGCAAUCAGCUUUUACCAGGCUGCUUGUCUUCCAGGAGUUAUGUUGUAUUCCCUGGCCUAUGCCUGCUUGAAGCUAGUGAAUUAUUCCUUCUUCUUCUGGCUGCCCUUUUAUCUGAGCAACAACUUUAGAUGGAAAGAGGCUGAUGCUGACAAGCUCUCCAUUUGGUAUGAUGUUGGAGGAAUUAUAGGUGGAACUCUCCAAGGUUUCAUCUCCGAUAUGCUGCAGAAAAGAUCGCCAGUGCUAGCUGUGAGUCUGCUUCUGGCAGUCGGGUCCCUGGUUGGAUAUAGCCGUUCUCCAAACAACAAGAUUAUUAAUGCACUUCUAAUGGCUGUUACAGGGUUUUUCAUUGGAGGACCCUCCAAUAUGAUUAGUGCUGCUAUUUCUGCGGAUUUGGGUCACCAGGAGCUGGUACAAGGGAGCAGUGAAGCUUUGGCCACAGUUACAGGAAUUGUAGAUGGAACCGGAAGUAUUGGAGCAGCAAUGGGCCAGUUUUUAGUGUCUUUGAUUCAGGACAACCUAGGCUGGAUGUGGGUUUUCUAUUUCUUCAUUUUAAUGACAAGUUGUACGAUUCUGUUCAUCUCACCAUUAAUAGUGAGGGAUGUAAGAUCUCUUAUGCUAAGAAGACAAGGCACACGUUGAGGGAAUGACCAUUGCGCCUGGGAGAGAGGCUUUUGUAGAAAAAUCAAAAGGACUCAAACUGGACUGUCAUUUCAUUUUAAGUCACCAUAUUUGGAGGAAGCUAGUUGGUGGGAUAGACUGCUGGACUUGGCAUCAGGAAGACCUGAAUUCUAUUCCUGCCUCACAGCUGCACCCAGGGCACGCCACUUAACAACCUCUCCCUGCCUCUGCCUCCCAGGUUGUUGCCUGGAUUAAAUGAGAUAACGUUAUGUAGGGCACUUAAAUCUUAAAGUGCUAUGUAAAUGGUAGCUGUCUUUAUUGUUGUUGUUGUUGCUAUUGGGGGAAGGGGAAAUCAUCUGAAAUGGCUUGGCAUAAAACUUGAGUUAAGCCUAACCCAGCAUUCAACAUUCUCAGCCACUGGAGAAGCACAUUCUGAGCAGCUGUCUACACUACAUAAAAAUGGACUGACUGGCCUCUAGGGCUGCAGGAUGUUCCAUUUUAGUUCUCCUGCUCUUCUGGACCUUGUUCAAGUUUAUACCUGUCACCUUGGUAGCUGCAUCUAUUCUCCAGCAAACAACACUAAAUCAUGAGUUUUCAGCUUCAGAAAGUUAAGUGAAGAUGAGGACCAUGGUUUUGUAUCAGUGAGCUUCUUCUGCACUGUGAUUUGCCAUGGGUUUUGUCCAUGGUGGCAAUGAAUUACAGGAAUAAGUGAUCUGGAAGCAUUCUGUUCGAUCAAGUACAUGAGUUGGACCUGAGAAUUGUUUUAUGUCUUCCUUGACUGAAAAAUUCCUCUGGUAUUUCACUUCUUAGGGGAAAGUGAUACAACAUGCUUCAUAACUUAAUCACCAGCUCUCCAGCUUUAAUUCAUUCUUAUGGCCACUCUCUCAAUUGACUUGGCUUCAUUAAGAAUUACUUCAACUCCUGGAAGUACUGAUUAGCUUUCUUUUUCAGGGGCUUAUAAGGUAGAUUAAUUAUCUUGGACAUUCCAAAGUAUAACUAGCAACUGAAGUAUGUAGUGGCCCAUAUUUGCUGCCAGGGGACUUAAGUAACUAAUGUAAAUGAGUUAUAAUCCUCAGCCCUAUUAUUAGGAGAUUGAUCUCUGUUCCAGGUGAGCUCCUUAAGCCAUUUCAGAAUUGGAAAGGAGGCGGGAACUUAGGUAUGGAUGGGAGCAUGUGACAGUUGAGAAUCAACAUUAGAAAAGUGGUAAGGCAGCUGUUUUAUAGAAAAAUGAAAACCCUCUCCAAAGACGGGCAUUCUAUGCUAGUCACCAGCAUUAAGGUCAUUGUGUGUAUGGUUGGUAGGGCGGGGUUAAAUUAUGUAAACUAGCUAGCUGGGGAGGGGGAAAUGUGCAAUUUUUGAGGUUAUUUGUUUAUAGACUUGGAGAAAGAAUCACUUUAAUCAACCAGAUUUCUAAUCAGUUUGUUGCUUAAUGCUGACAAAAAGGGAAACCUUCUUAGUGAGCGAACAAGGGCUGGAAGUCAUAGGAAGAGAAAAAUAUACUGACUUUUACAUAUUUUUUAAAAUUUUCAGUUCCAAAUUCUUUCUCUCCAGCCACUCCCUCACCCACUGAGAAGGCAAGCAAUACUACACCCCUAUACCCAUUAUACGGGUGAUGACUUUUUAUAUUUUUAAAGUAUGUAAAUUAAUGGUUUUUUUUAAAUUUAUGUAUUUAAGCAUUUCAUUGUGUGAGCUGUAAGAAUUAGAAUGUUAUUAGUGCCUUAAGAUUCUCUGGGACAUUGAAUGUUGCCCAGUGAUGGCUCUAAUCCUACAGUGCUGGGAGGAUUCAUGGCUUCUCCCCUUAGUACACAGACAAGUGAUGGCCUCAUUUCUAUUAUGUCGUUUGAGAGCCUUCCCUCCCCUUUGUCUAAUAUCAGGCCUAUUUUCAGCUAAGUUUAGAUAAAUUGCAUACUUUGGAUUUAAUUACAGGUAAUAAACCAACCUUAAUCUAAUCUUUACUUCUUUCUGGCAUUUAGUGUAGAGAGUUUUUUUCUUAAAUAAUCUGUAUUAUUUUAGGACCCAUGUUAUCCCUUAUUUUAUCAAGUCUUAACCCAUGUGGGAAAAUUAAAGAUGUAUAAUUCUGUGUACUUCUGACCCAAAUGUAUCAUUAAGAGUUUUUCAUCAUGAUAUGAAAUAACUUAUUUGGUCUUACACAAUCUGAAAUGAGGGAUACAUUUUAAAGAAUAUGUGUGUGUAUAUACAAAUAUGUAAAUUUAUAAACAUACAGGUACACAUACAUACAUGUAUGUACCUUUUACUUCCUAUUGUUUUAUCUCCCUUUAGAAAAAAUGUAGCAUAAUGAAGGCCACCUAUAAAAUGCCUUUAUCCUUUGCUAUACAGAAGGUUCUCAGAUGCCUGUUAUAUUGAAACAAAGCUCCUAAUCUUUUUAUUUUUAAAAAUAUGAAGAGGCUUGGGUUUCUUCAAAGAAUCAAGUGGGGGAACAUUCUAAUGAUGUUAAAAAUUGAGGUCACAUGAAUAAAUUUUUUUUUACAAAAUGAAA